CUCAAGGGAACACAGUCUUAGCAGCUUUUCCUGAUUCUGAACGGAGAGAAAAUCUCACACUAUGGCUCUAGAGAAAGUUAAGGAGCUCUUUCCAGAGACUGAGGUUGACAGGCGCCUUGUCUCAGGCUUGCUUUGUGGCUCAGCUGCUGCUAUUCUGAUGUUCAAAUGGAUGAACCAGCGACGGGUCCAGAAGAAACUUGAUGAAUUUAAGACCAAGCGAGAACUUGGGUUUCAGCGAAUGGAGAAGGCAGCAAGGCAGUUUAAACAGCAGAAUCCAGGAAUAAAGGCUGCUCCAAUCCUAUCUCUUUCUCUUGUGGAACUAGCUGCAAAGUUAAAGGAUGGCACCUUGUCUCCAGAAAGUGUUCUAUAUACCCAUAUUGAAAAGGCUUUAGCAGUAACCCGGGAAAUCAACUGUGUGACAGACUUUCUCCCAGAGUGUGAAGAACAGCUCCGAGAAAUUAAAAAGAGAGAGAAGGGGUUACUCUAUGGUGUCCCUGUCAGCAUCAAGGAAAACAUUGCUUGCAAGGGACACCCCAAUUCACUUGGCUUGGUGAAAUUUCUGGACUGUCCUGAGCAUGAUGACUCUGUAAUAGUCAAAGUUCUCAAGAAACAAGGGGCAAUUCCAUUUGUAAAGACCAACACGUCACAAGCCAUAUUAAAUAUUGACUGUGGCAAUACAGUCUUUGGACAAACCUUGAACCCUUCCAACCACAAAAAAAGUUCCGGAGGCUCCAGUGGAGGGGAAGCAGCUCUCAUUGGAGGGGGAGGAUCCAUGCUUGGCAUUGGGACAGAUGUGGCUGCAAGUAUUCGGGUGCCAUGUGGCUUUUGUGGGAUCUGUGGAUUCAAACCAACUGGCUAUAGGGUGAGUGUCAAAGGUGUUACCACUCCUGUAGCUGGAAUGAAUUCAGUCAUCUCUGUGACAGGCCCAAUGGCAAGAGACGUGGAUAGCCUGGUGUUGUGCAUGAAAGCCCUCCUGUGUGAUGAGAUGUUUUCUCUGGAUCCAACUGUGCCUCCACUUUCCUUUAAUGACAAGAUUUACUCUCAUACCAGCCCCCUGAGGAUUGGAUUCUACGAUGGAGAUGGUUAUUUCCAGCCAUCUCCCAGCAUGAGAAGAGCUGUGCAGGAAACAAAAAAACUGCUACAGGAGGCAGGCCAUACUCUGAUACCAUUCACUCCACCUCGCAUUGAUUUUUUGGUGGAUGAACUCUUUACCAAAGGCCUCUAUGCUGAUGGAAGUUCCACAUUAUUGGAAAAAUUUGAUGGUGAAUUUGUGGAUUCCACUUGGACAAACCAGAUUCGUUGUUACAGAAUGCCAGACCUGCUGAAGAGACUCUUAGCUUUCCUUUUAAUGCCUGUGUUCCCACGAAUCUCCCGACAUCUGCAUGCCCUCCUUGGUGUGGGGUCAGUCAAAAAACUCUGGAAGAACAAUGUGGAUCGGAUGGCUUACCGUGAUGAAUUCAUUGCAGAAUGGAAAAAAUUGAAGCUGGAUGUUGUGCUUUGUCCUGCUUUGGGCCCAGCCUUUAAUCUAGGAUAUGCUGGCAAACUAUUUGUGGCUACUACUUAUACCCAUCUAUACAAUGUCUUGAAUUUUCCUGCUGGAGUUGUACCAGUCACAACAGUUACACAAACAGAUGAAGAAGAGCUGAAGCAUUACAAAGGGCACUAUGGAGACUUCUGGGAUAAAAGAAUGAAGGAGGCUGUGGAAGAUGCAGUGGGGCUCCCUGUAGCAGUCCAGUGUGUGGCCUUGCCAUGGCAAGAAGAAUUGUGUCUUCGCUUCAUGAAAGAAGUAGAGAGAGUUUCCCAUGAGAGAUGGGGAAAGAGAAAAAUAUGACCCUGUUCAGAAAGAAGCCUGCAAGGAAUGUUGACCUUUCUGAAUAAACUUUAUUAUUGACUUAUGCGGUUUAUUGCUGAGUUAGCUCAGUUAUAUUUUCACCAAUGUUCAGCAAGACAAGAUAUGGAGAGAUAAGAAGAUAUGGUUUAGAAGGCAGAGAAUUUUGGUAAUGUUUUGUAAUUAGGAUAAAUAACAGGAUCUGGACAACAGGUUCUUUCAGACAGAUACCUUUGAAUUAUGCUAUCACUUCAAAGGUGUGAUACAAAUAUUCUGUCAUUCCUUCCUUUAUCAACUAAUGGGACUUUUGAGAAAGUUAUAAAUGGGAAUGAUAGUGUCAGCAAAUUCUGCACUGUAAAAUUCUGUGAAUGAGAUAAAUAAAAAACCUUUUCUGUAAAUUUGAACAGAUGAACCUGCAACAAUUUCAAAUCAGUCUGAUGAUCUAGAAUAUCACUGUGGUAACUGAUGCCACCCAGUUCCUUUGAAUCCAAAAAAUUAUUUGCAAAACUGGAAUGAAAAUACCAGUUCUGUAUGAAAGAUAGAUUAAUCUCCUAAAAGAAUGAAUGGAAAGUACACAGAAGGAAAGAUCAUAUGGAAGUUGCCUGAAUCAGUGUGAAAAGAAUUAUAAUACAGAAUGUCACAUAAAUUUGUGGAAUUAUGCUAAAGGAAAUUUGUAAAAGGAUAUUUGGUGAAGUAAUGAAUCAAAAAAGCCUCUAAAAGGAUCAAUAAAAUGAAUCUAAUAAUGAUAUUAAAAUGAGGAUGAAAGAUAGAUUCAUGUACAUAAAGAGAAAAUACCAUUGUAAAGAAUAUAAGUCAGAGAAUAAGGAGUGGUCACAAUUAAAAGAAGUACACAGAGAAAUGCAGACUGAUUCUCAGGCUGAGAUGGAAUUAAAAUAUUAUUUUGGAAAUGGGUGAAGUGAGCUACAGAAGACGUCUAUAGAAAAA